UUCUCGGGGUGCAUGCAUUUUUUUUUUUUUUUAUCCUGUCUGAUUUUAUUUAAGCGACUGGAGAGGCUUCCAAUAUCCCUUUAUUACAUGCCUUGCGUAAACAUGUACGCCUCCUGAUCAAUCCACGUCCCUCCCAGACAGAAGCUGCUCCUGCUGCUGUUCCUGCUGCUGCUGCUGCUGCUCAGGCAGACCGUCGUCUCCGCGCGGCUGUGUGGACUCACUCCUUCAGAGAAAAAGCAAGUUAGUCGUCGUGGAGAUUUUAAUUCCGGUAAAGAUUUUUUAGAUAAACAAAAUGCCGUGUACAUAUUUUUAAAUUACAGGUUGCAUAAUAAGCGCGCAAACGUUUUUGACAGACCGGACCGGCGCUGGAAAAGCUGCGUUACGCACGAGUUAAAGCGAUCCGAUUCACACGCGUAAUUAAACCUUCACCUGUCCACGAUGAAGGUGAGGUUCGGCGCUCUGGUGAUCACGGCCGGCUUCUGCGGCAUUCUCAGUUUCGCCUUUUUGGCGACUUCUCUCGGAACCGACUACUGGUACAUCAUUGAAGUAAAUCCCAUGAACAGGUGUGACUUGGACAAUACGAGCUACCACUGGGGACUGUGGGACGAAGGUGGGAGGACGGACGCAGGCGCUAAUGAUUCUUUCAGAUAUGACCACUCUCCAUACUCCGAGACUGAAAGCAUCAUGCACAAUACAAUAGUGGUGGUGCUCUCCCUCAGCCUGGUUCUGUUGCUGUUUGGUGGCAUCUGCGGUUUGGUCAGCUCCCUGGCCAGGAGCCCGGUCCUCCUCACCUGCACGGCCUCCUACUUCUUCAUCCGCAGUCUGCUGACUCUGUGCGGCGCGAGCCUGUACAUCAUCUACUCAUACAGGGCCCUGGCUGAGAUGGAGAGGCUGGUCGGCAAGGAGUGUCUGACCUACGUGAACACCUCCUUCGGCUGGUCCCUGGGCCUGGUUUGGCUGUCCUACGGCCUGGAGCUCCACACCACCAUCCUGCUGCUCGUGGCCGCGCGGAUGGCCAAGCUGCGCCACAGCAGCCCCACCAUGGCCUGACGGCAGCCCUCGGCAGCUGACCCCACGCGUGGCGUUAAAGGAAAGAGACUGAGCUCUGAGCGAAAAACACCGGAGAAACGAAGGUCAGGUACGUUGCUGCCGCGCGGUUUGCGAAGUGUUUGGCAGAGAUAACGAAGUGGUGUUUGUGGACUCAUUCAAAAGAGAGCGAUUUGUCAUUUUAGUGCGUCUUGCUUCGGUUUGGAGAUCCAUGCUAUGGUGAGGAGGUGCACCAAGAGGUCAGAGUUAAAUUGGAUCAAUUGCGCCCUCUUGUGGUGUAAAACAGAUUCUCAUGGUAGGCAUGGUAGGUGCACUUCAUCACGCGGGCUGUCAUACUGCUGUGAUUUCAUCUGUGCCAAAACCACAUCGAAGAACUUCAAAUGUAAUGUAACUUAAAACCUAUAGAAACAGUAUUAAACUUAAAUCGUGUCCGUUUGAUGUGAGCCCCAUUUGUUGCUGUUGUUUUUUGUUUUUUUUGUUUUUGGAUGUACAUGGAUGCUUGUAACAUUGUGCCAUGUUAGUUCCAUGUUUUUGUAAUAAUAAUAAAAAAAAUGAAUGAAAC